GCGCUAACUGACGUGACGGGUGCGCUUGCACUCUUUCUUUCUCCAGUCCACUCACUGUCCACUGCAUCAUCCCGAGCUUGAGCAGUGCCGCGGGCCUCUCUUUUUGUGAUCCCAACAACCUCACCCAACACCCUCACGCCUCUCUUCCACCACCUUUCCUUUUGCCUUUUUCCUUUUCUUCCUCGCACCUUACCUUACUCCGCAGCAGUGGCGAUCGGUCCCUUUCCGUUCACUUCCGUGACCUUACUAUUGGAGACGUGCGCAUGCUCCAUUAUUCUGUUUAGCUCAGGUACGUCUUUCUGGUUCCUCCAGCUCACAUCACCCACCACCCCCAAAGCGGCAGCCGGUCACAGACCCGAAUUACAUGCCAAAGACACAACUCACAGCAUACACUUCUCACAUCUGCGCUUCAUUGGCUAUGCCUUUUGGGGUUUCCGUAUAAUUCAAGCAGGCUGUGGUACUGACCGUGUUCACGCCAGUCUUUCCACUCGCAGCGCUGCUCUCACCUGCCAGGUACCUGCCGACCUAAGAAUACAACGCUGUCCUACCGCACCUUCCGUUCUCCACCGAUAACGACCCCAACAUCGCUUCGGCUGAUGUUCUGCGCUCUACACCGUACACCAAUACCAACUUUGGAUUGCGCCUGCCCCAACUUUGGGCAUUCCAUGAGAGCCUUCUUUUCCACUCUGACCCAGACCUCCGGCUACUGUCAACAAGCAGUCGAAGCUCCGCAAUAGCUUCAGCACCAGUCACCCGACAACAGCGCAACUCUUGCCUAUACUCAAGCUUCCGCCACCCCAAAACGACUCCAUAAAUCAUUCAGUCUGGCGUUCCGAGCUCUUCGCGCUGCCGGCCUCGCUGUAGGCCUUGGUCUUACAGCCCUCGCCGCCUACAAUAGCAACCAGGCCGAGAUGGACUCACACGCCCCAAGAGGCGGGCACUUGGUUGCCACGGAUGGCCGAGAGGUGGUUUACUGUCACGCCUGCUCCCAUGAGUGGUGGCAAGAUGAGCAUGGUCUGCAGUGCCCUCGCUGCGAAAGUGAGAUUACAGAGAUUGUUUCUCCCGAGAACGACCCUAGAGAGAUCGAGGAUGGGCCUCCUCUUCACGAUUCCCCGAGACUCAGACGUCACAUCUACGACGACGAUUCGGAUCCUGAAGAGGCCGAUAUAGAGGAGCAUCUGCAUCGCGGCCCAGGCGGGUUCGUCGUACACCGAGCCAUCUGGGACAAUUCCCAGCGCCCGGGACAGAGUCCAAACCCAAACACCCGCCAGCCCCCCGACGUGAACGAUGGCGACCAGAUCAUUCGACGCUUUAUUGAUAUGGUGAAUGAUUUCGGCAUGGGCAUGCCGCCGCGACCUCCCGACGAGACUCGCCCUCCUGGCUUUGGCACUGGUGGAAAUAUUUUUGGCGGUCAGGGCAAUGUUCGCACAUUCCAGAGAACAGGUCCCGGAGGCACCACGAGCUUCACGAUCGCCACUGGACCCAUCCAUGUUCACCAAGGAGGAGCCAACUCACCUGCUGGAGCUGGAGGCGACCCCUUCCAGUCGUACGUCAGCCUUGAACCUCGUGGCCAGCCACCGCCUGGACCUCGAAUCACUGUCGUUUCCAUUAGAACGAAUGCUGACCAACUUCCUAGUAUCUUCAGCAGCGUCUUGGCUGGAGCGGGACCCCCUCAACCGGCCGGAAUGGGUCCAGGCCAGGGACAGCGGGCGCCUAAUCAAGCGCCCACACUUCUCCAUGAGAUUCUCAACAUGCUCAACCCAGCUAAUGCCUCGCACGGCGAUGCAGUGUACACUCAGGAGGCCCUGGACCGGAUUAUUUCUCAGUUGAUGGAGCAGAACCCGGCAUCGAACGCGGCACCCCCGGCGACUGAAGAUGCGCUCAGCAAGCUGAAGCGCAAAAAGGUCGACAAGGAGAUGCUUGGCCCCGAUGGCAAGACCGAGUGCACAAUCUGCAUUGACGACUUCAAAGAGGGUGACGAUGCCACAGUGCUACCCUGUAAGCAUUGGUUCCACGACCAGUGCGUCGUCAUGUGGUUGAAGGAGCACAAUACUUGCCCCAUAUGCCGUACGCCGAUUGAAGAGCCUAGCGGCGGCAGCAGCAGCAAUGACAACAACAAUAAUAACAACGCCAAUGCGAGCGGUUCAAGCAACGGCGGCAACGACAACAACAACUCUUCGCAACCCCACCCUGGAGCAGCAGCGCCUGGUUCUUCAGAGAGCCAUCAAGACUCGUUCUGGCCCGGUAACGAUCCGGGACACUGGGCAAACUCGAUGAGAGGGAUUCCCCCUCGAUCGAGCUACAUGGACACGACCCCUCCGGUACCUGCCGACUCCACGAGACCCCAGUCGUCAUUUGUCGAUGAAGUCUAUGGACGCUACGGGGCUUCCAGCACCGGCCGCAGUGACCCGCAACGUCCCCAGGAAACGAGCCGAAUGCCCAGCUUCCGAUCCGCUAGACGAGACUCUCAUUCGCCCCCGAGCCUCCGCCGACACCAGUCCGAUGUGUUCCGAGCUAGGCAGCGGAGUCCCUCGUCUGGAAAUUGGGAUAGAGGUCAGGAUAGCAACCAAGACAAUAACCAGGACGCGGGAUCCAACCACGGCCCGCUUAAUUGGCUGAGAAACCAGUUUUCUCGAGGAUCGGGUUCGGGAGACAGUAACCCGCGUGAGAGACGGAGACAGUAAGCCUGUGGCAGUGAUUAAUGGAACGGAACGGAUCUGGGUGGUUUGCCAAUGAAAGAUUUGAGCGAGCCACGCGGCUCCAACACGGCCGGUAGGCAUAUCACGAAUUACGACGAGGGUCGACGGCGUUUAGCAUUGGUCAUUGAGACCGUUAUUCUUUUUUCUUGAGCUCGACCGCGCCGCCGUGGGUCAGACUUUUAGGACCCGCAGGGCGUCUUCUGUACAUACUUGGGACCUUGUCACAGGAAAACAGACAGGCAUCUUCCUUUUGGUGGCGAGGGUUAGGCAGGAUAAAAUCUCCGUACUGCAGUCAGCAUUAAACAGGAAGUCGCCGUCCCAAUGUGAAGUAUAUGAGUGUGUUCUGGGAUGAGCCAUUUACGGCGGGAUUAAUAGAUCCAGGCAGAUUUAAGUGGCUACCCUAAAGGAUGUGUCGUAAAACUAAGUCUCACUUCAAUCUCAUGGAGGUCGCCCCGAGUGCCCUGCCAGUAUCUGAACAUCCCUCGGUAUUACCGUAAAAGUAAAUGGUAACCGUCACUCCAAAGCAGAAGGAAUUGC